AUGUCCAACAAAGGGAUUCACGUCACUUCCCUCGUCAAAGACCUUCGACAACCUUGGGCUUCUGGAGACCUUGUGAUAUUACUACUCAACUGUUGCUUUGACGCAAAUCCCUCAGCUACUGCAGGAAUAUAUCUAAAGCGCCUCGGCGGAGAUCGCUAUGCUCGAGCCCGAGGAAAUGAGUUAGCUAGGGUCCAUUCGGACUCUCAUACUAUUCUAGCUUCCAUAUGCGGAAUCAAGAGCACCUCGGAUAUCAUUGGGCUAUACCUUGAAGAGCCUUGGACUACGAUGGCAAGAGUACUCGAGGAGCACCUCGAGGAAGAGAGAUCUCAAAUGGGAUCUGAAUUAGUCAGGAAACGCUAUCAGAAUGCCUUUUAUUUGAAACGAAACCUCCUCCAAGGCAGUAGACUGUUCCCUGGAUCCCAGCUUCGUCAGAUGCUGAUUAUGGAUUCGCACGAAAUCUGGCGCUCUUUUCGAUUCGACGGCAAAAGUCAUGAUGGCGAUCUCGUCAUAAAAACGUAUCCCAACUUCAAAGCGGUGUUGGUGUUUGAGUCCUCUAGACGCAAGACCUCAUUUCUUCUCUUCUUGGUAGCCAGAGAUAACAACGGGAAUUACGAACAUGACAUUGAUGCUGUUUCUCUCACUCCCGAUGACGCGAGAGAUUGGCAUCAGAAUCUCUCUACAGUAGAAGAGUUUAUACAGACAAAGACAAGGUUCCAAGCUCGCCAGACGACUCCAAGCAUCAAGGUAUCGCUGUCGCCAGUUAUUUUGAACAUGACAAGCCACUAA